UCCACCCUCACCUGCUGUGCCUGCCUGCCAGCCCUACAAGCCUCUGUAUGGGGCAGCUCCUUCCCUGGACCAGCCCCGAACGCCCACACAACACUCUGCUGAUCCACCGGCUUCACCUGCCCUGCUCCCGGCAACCCUACUCUCCACCCCAGCUCUGGGGACGCAGGCUGAGCUCCCCAACAUCCCCACACCCCACAUAGCACAAUGGACGUGGCCCUUCUCCACGGGCUGCUGCUCCUCCUCAUCCUCCCCGUGCUGCUUUACCGAUACUGUGCCACCUUCCACUACUUCUGCAAAGUGACUUUCUUCAACCUCUGGGUCUUGGCCAUGGCGACUCUCCUCUCCCCCUUCGCUGCAAUUCGGGGACGCUGCGUGGAGAAUAUGAAGCUCCUCUGUGCUGCGAUCCGGCCCCUCAAGCACUUGUAUGGCAUCAAGAUAGAGGUGUUGGGUGCCGAGCACCUGAAUCUCAAGGAGCCCUAUGUGAUAGUUUGCAACCACCAAGCUUCCCUUGACCUCAUGGGCAUGGUGGAGGUCAUCCCCAAGCGCUGUGUGCCCAUCGCCAAGAAGGAGCUCCUGUACAUGGGCACUGUGGGCUGGGCCUGCUGGCUCAGUGGCAUCAUCUUCAUCGACCGCCAAAGGACAGGAGAUGCCAUCGAUGUCAUCUCCCAGACGGCCGAGACCAUACGGCGUGAAAACCUCCGAGUGUGGAUAUUCCCAGAAGGCACCAGGAACCAGAGCAGAUCCAUGCUGCCCUUCAAGCGUGGGGCGUUCCACCUGGCUGUGCAGGCUCAGGUUCCCAUUUUCCCCAUUGUGAUUUCUCCAUACUGGGACUUCUUCAGCUCCAAGGAGAAGAAAUUCACCCCUGGGACGUUCACCAUCCGAGUUCUCCCCAGGAUAGAAACCCGUGGCCUGAGCCCAAAGGAUGUCCCGGAGCUGACAGAAACUGUCCGUAAAACCAUGGUUGAUGUUUUCUCUGAGAUGUCCUCAAAUCCCUGCAGGGAUUGGCCUGCGGAGCUUCCUCUUCUCCCAAGCACUGGGGCCACCAAGGGGACCGAUGGCGUGUGGCACGACGAGGACACAACUGGGACCAGUGAUUAGGCAGAGCCUAAGGGGACACCAGGGAGGUUGGGUAUCUGGUGACAGGUAGAACAUGCUGCACCCUUCUCCAUCUCUUGUGGUGUGGUUCACCCAUGGGCUCGUUGCACAAGGUCCUACCGAUCGUGCUGUCCUCAUGCAUCCAGCCAUGAGGAGGGGUCCAGAAUGUGUGGUGAGCCUGUGGAGACUGGAGGGAUGUGGGGAGGGGAAAAGUCCCACAUUAGAAGAGCUUCCUCAGUGCAGAGCGAUGAGAUGAAGGUGAACAAUAAAAGACU